AUGGUGCAGCUGAAAUGGGCUGCAAUGGCACUGGUCAUUGCGUCCUUUCUGGCAUGGACAGCUGGUUGGAUGGAGACGGAAGAGCUGGAAGAGCUCGACCUCUCUGGUCUCGUCUCGGACAUGACCACUGGAUCGGGCGCUGGUCGGAGCACUGAGUGCAUCUACAGCUUUCCAUCUCCCACAGUGCUACGAAGUUCCAGUUUAGAGCGGAUAUGGUUGGAGCAGGUGGUUUCCAAGAACUGGUGCCCUAUGAAGCUGGACAUUUUGACUGAAGCAGAGGUCACUGCAGUCCUGAGGGCCUUCCAGAAAGGGAAGAAGUUUUCGCACCAGGAUGUGAACAAGCAAGACAUCCUUUCCAUUGCAUUUGGUCCAACGCGGUCAUUUGAUAUAUCAUCCAUGUUCGUUCAGCAUCACCAAGGCUUAGCCCGAGGGGCCCCAGGCCGGCGAUUUCUGCUAUAUCUUAACUUCCACUGGUCGAUCUACAGCCGUCAUGGCUUUGACAUGUUGAAAACCAUCGCCAGUUUCGUCCCUGAAGACGUCCAAGUGGUAUGUGCUCGUGUAUCCAGCUGGUUCCCUGAAAAAGACACGUCUUUGGGGAAGGCCUUGAGUCGUGAAGUUCGAGAAGGGCGGAUGAUCGAUAGCUUUACCAAGUAUCGUGCGGUCAUGCUAUACAUUGAAGAUGGAAAGGUUGUGGCCAUGCGAUUGAAUAUUGGCACAACAUCGGAAGAGUGUUUGCGGAAAGAGGUAGGGGAGCUCUGGAAUCUGCCACGGAAUUUCUCAACUGGCUACGUUUCCGAAGGAUCCACUGCAUCCACUGGAGCACUGUCCAACUAUUUAGUGCUGCCACUGGUGAAACUCUUGGGCAUCGGCUUGGGGUUCUCUUUGUAUCACUUUGUGAAUCUUAUGGUGGGCUAUGUGGUGGGUCGCUUUGGCCUUUUCCAAAUGGAGAGGUUACAGGGCAAUUUGUUGAUUUGUGACUUGGGCUGCGCCUUGAUCCUGAUCUCCUUUGUGGUCAUGGUCUUUGUGGAAGGUGAUGAAAAGGGAACCAGCCCACGUCAAAGCCUGGAGUUACCUCCUCCCAUUUUUCCCAUCGACAACCACUACCGGGAGAUGUACCAGCGAUGGCGCCAAGGAGAGGCGAGGGGUGCUAGAGAUUUGCCCCAAUCUUUCGUGAUGGAAACUGCGUUAGCCGUUCGUUCUGCCAUGUUUGGCCACGCGGCAAUGGAACCCAACAGCAGUUUGAAGUCGGUGGGUGGCUUCGGCUUACUGGGCACUCGAUCUGAAGUGGUUCCUCUGAGGCCCACUGAAGACUAUCCAGUCUCCAAUGGGGCGGUAGCUGCUUCACCUUUCAUAAUGCGGAGGAACAGUGAACCCAACUUGGCUGGACCUUUGUCGCUGCACAACGUGAAUGGACAGGGGAUAGAUCUUUAUCGCUCCGGUUCUGCGAAGUUCUUGGGCAUCGUACUGGCACUCUUUGCUGGGGGCCUGGCGGGUGUUCAGAGUGUACCUGCAACGUUGUACAAUCAGCGACACCCUGAAGCGAGUGCAACUGCGGUGAUCUUCCCACAAUGUCUGGGGAUUUACAUUUGCUCCAGCUUGAUCUACCUUCUCUAUGCUGCUGUGGCCCUUGCUUCGGGAUGGUCCAUUCCACAUUCGGCCAUAAGGCCGCCGUACUUCAGCGGAUGCAUAUGGGCCGUUGGGUUUUCCUUCAUGAUAGUGGGCAUUUCAGUGCUGGGCUUUUCGAUUGGCUAUACGCUGGACGCUGUUGGGCCGAUUGUGGUGGCCAGCAUGCUGUCUAUUUUUGUGUUCAAAGAGAUCAGGAAGCCUCGACAACUGAUGCUGUUUGAGGCUCAGUCGACGCAAGGUCACGCGGCAGCGGCUCAGAUCGGCCCAAGCCGUGCUCGGCCACACUUCGCGGAGAUUCUAGGCCCGGAGGUUCACGAACUGCCCCGGCAACUGCGAAUGCACCCAGAACUGAUCGGAGAGGUUGUGGAAGUGAUCAACAGCUCAAGUGAUGGCGAGCAGACGUGGUUGCACCUCCAUGAAAGCUUCGGUGCGUUGCGCUUGCGCGAAUGUGAUGUAAGGCAUCGUCAAGAACAACAUGGCGUGUUUUUUUAUGGAGCCCUCAGCAAGGUCGCGCUGUCGAAAGACGCCAAUCCGUCGUCGCCCGCAGUGUGCUUCUUGAAUCCUGGCACUGUCCUGGAGGUGUCCGAAAAACAAGUUGUGGAUGGGGUGCUGCGCUUGCGUGUCCGGCGCGAUUCCAUGCGUGGAACGGCAGAUGGCUGGGUCAGCGAGUACAAGCGACCAUGUUUCGACCCACGACUUGGUGGCGCCACGCAACUUUUGCGCCUCAGGGGAAGACCCAGCAGCUUGGGCAAGAAAGGUCCGUGUUAUGCCUUCGCAUGCUGA